UUUCUUUUUUUAUAUAUUUUUAUGCAAAAAUUUUCCUCAAUUUUUUUAAUUCUGGAUGCCAAAUUUUUUUCCUCCAUUUUUGUUCGGUUGUUCUCUUCUAAAUAAAUGUUUUUCUCCUUGAAAUAUUUUUUGUUUCUCUCCAAAUUUUUUUGAAAAGUUUCCCUGAAAAUCUUUUAUUCUUAAUUUUUUUAAUUCUGGAUGCAAAAUUUUUUUCCUCCAUGUUUUUUUUCAAUUUUUUUCUUUUGAAAUUUUUCUCCUUGAAAUAAUUUUCAUCGUCUCUCCAAUUUUUUCUUUUUGGAAAGUUUCUCUGAAAGCCUUUUAUCACAAAACGACAAAAAAAUGCCAAAUGAGGGAAAAAAUAGCGGUCGGAAAAUCGACCGUACUCAACCGUCGAAACGGUCGCCUGUAAAUUAAAAUUUCCCCGCCGGUGGCAGAGCGCGCUGCUCGACACGACUUCCAGUUUUGCGCGGGAAACGCGGGGAGAGGAGCGCAACGGCAGAUUUUAACCAUUCCGAUGACUGGUGAUCGCUGUUUUUUUUUUUUGAGGGAAUCGGCAGGGGAGCCCCUACCAACUUUUUUAAUACACCAACACAUGCUUUUCAGCUGCGAUAGUGGCAUCUAUGCACGUUUUAUUCUUGAGAAUGCCCUGUUUAGUUCUAAAAAAAAUUUCUACAGUACCCAUCACAUCAAAUAUUCGAACACAUGCGUGAAACAUUAAAUGCAAUUGAAAAAAUAACUAAUUAUAUUGUUUAACUGAUUAGCACGAGAUGAAUCUUUUAAGCUUAAUUAAUCCAUAAUUGAAUAUUAUUUGUCAAGUAAUAACGAAAUGUGCUACAGUACCAAACUAACAACUUUUCACCAACCAACUAAAUAGGGCCUAAACUUGUGAUGCCUCGUAUAACAGCAUAUAAUUUUGCUUUGCCUGUGUAAAACGAGUGGCGUAGUGUUAACCCUUCUAAUCACAAGUUAUGAUCUGAACUUAUACAUAUUGGUGUCUGAUUCAAAACAAAACAGUUAAAGGAAAUAAGAUUUUUUUUUUCAAGUGGCCGGCAGCAAGCACUCGGACAUGAUAAAAAUUAUUUUAGAGAAAGAAAUUGUGCAUGUGGUACCGCUGUGUCCGAAGGCAACUCACUGAUCACAAACUCACAAGUCACAUGGUUGCAUUUAGUGGAGGUGGUGGGCAGUAGCAGCGACAACCAAGAUGCUGAAAAGUUAUUUUUGGUGCAUAUGAUUCAUUUACAUCAUUACAUGGAGUAACGGAGAACCACCCAAGCCAAAGCCAGUAAGCCACCACUAUAAAAACAAGGUCAUCUCAAUGUCUUCUCCUCACUACAACUCUUCAAUGGCGGCCGGUGGGUCGGUGGUUGGCCGGCUUUACCUCUCAGUGUACAACUGGAUUGUCUUCUAUGGAUGGUUUCAAGUUCUGUACUACACAACCUUGACAUUGUUGGCCAGGGGGCAUGAGAGUGUCUAUGAAGCUGUUGAGCAGCCGCUGCUAUUCGCACAGACUGCUGCCUUACUGGAGAUUCUUCAUGCUACUGUAGGGUUUGUGAGAUCUCCCAUCUCUGCAACUAUUCCACAACUUUCUGGGAGGUUGUUUGUUACAUGGGGCAUCUUGUGGAGCUUUGCUGAGACACAUUCCCACGUUCUCGUUACUUCCUUGGUCCUAAGCUGGUCUAUAACUGAGGUCAUAAGAUACUCUUUCUUUGGUUUGAAAGAAGCAUUUGGAAUUAUACCUUACAGGCAUCUGUGGCUUAGGUACAGUACAUUUCUUGUGUUGUAUCCUAUCGGUCUUGUCAGUGAGCUUGGCUUAAUCUAUGCCGCCCUUCCUUCCAUGAAGGCAUCUGGAAAAUACUGUCUCAAGAUGCCUAACAAAUGGAAUUCCUCCUUUAGCUACUACUAUUUUAGUAUUAUUUUAUCCAUCCUCUACAUUCCAGGGUUUCCAUACUUGUUCCAUUAUAUGCUCACCCAAAGGAAGAAGGCCUUAUCAAAGGCAAAAGCUGCAUAAUACUUCAUAAGAGCUUCCUAGUUCUGGAGUAUCCAGUAACCUGAGAAUGGUGGCUCUUGUUUGCAACUUAAACUUCAGUGGAAGCCUGCAGACUGGGGAAUUAUACUACUCUUAUAUUAUCUGUUGCGAACUUAUACAUGGAUAAAUUAAAAUAAAACUAGAUAAGGAUAAUGUUCCACAAAAGUUAAAUUUGUUAAUAGAAGUUUUUUAUCCUUUUGCAAAUGGAGCCACUUCCACAGAAUAGAACCAAGAGGGCCUGUACUACCAUCAUUUUUUUAGGUCAAGAUGCGGUCAUUACUCAAACCUCAAAUGAGAAAGAAUGAU